AUGCGCACACCGGCCACCUCUCUGCUGCGCGCCUCCGCCAGGGCUGCCUCGAGACAGGCCACCUACGUCCCCCGCGCCGCCGCCUCGACUCACGCCAUCUCGAAUCCCACACUCGCCAACAUUGAGAAGAGAUGGGAGGGCAUGCCCCCUACCGAGCAGGCCGAGCUCUGGAUGGCUCUUCGUGACCGCAUGAAGACCAACUGGUCCGAGCUGACCCUCAACGAGAAGAAGGCUGCCUACUGGAUUGCCUUUGGUGCUCACGGCCCCCGUGCUGCGGCCCCUGCCGACGAGAACCAGAAGGUCAUCAUGUACACCGUGAUUGGCCUUCUUGCAUCCUUUGGCGUCUUCGCCGCCAUGCGCGCCUUCGCUGGCCCCGCACCCAGCACCAUGCACAAGGAGUACCAGGAGGCUUCGAACGAGUACCUCAAGGAGCAACGCGCCGAGCCCCUUACCGGUCUCUCCUCUGCGGACUACAAGGGCACCGGCAUGGUCCAAUCGCCCCCCAAGCACUAA